AUAUUUAAAGAAGAAGGAAGCCCAGACAAAACCUCCCAGAUUCCCGGUUGACAGCGAUUGUUCCCAUGUUCACUUUGUAACAAUGUGUUUGGUUUUAUUAACGGGUAUUUGAGACGAUAAUGCUGGAUGGUCGCAGUCAUGCGGUUCACACGGGACAUUUGCAGGCUGUUGGGGCUUGGGAGCGAAACCUCCAGUGCUCAGCGCCAGGAGGAGAUGGAAUGUGGAGCAGUGACCUCUGAGCUCACCAACGUCACACAGGAACAGGACAUCAGUGGAGAGGACUGUCUGAGCGAGGAGGAGAAGGCCAAACACAGAGCGGCGCGACGCAGAGCCAAAAGGAAGCGUCGACGGGAACGCAAGAAGCUGGAGCAGGUGAAGAAGCCUGAGGGCACUGACCAGGAUGUGGAGGAUGAUGGUAGAUCUGAGGAGGAAGAGGAUAAAGAUGAGAGUGAGUCUGAGGUGGAGGUAGAAGAGGAGGUAGUGAAAGAAGAGAAAGAGGAUAAAGCAGCCAUCCCUCGCUCUAAGGAACCCUCUGCCCCAUCGCCAGCCCCAUCAGGAACUAAAGGACCCCAGAAUACCGCUGCACGAACAUCUGAAGAGGAACUGGAGUGGGAUGUGAGCAGUGCGUUCUUUGCUAACGCUGCUAGCCACAUCAAGCCAAAAGGCUGUACCAAACCUGGCGCCAAGUCCAAAGAGAAUAAGGAGAACGAGGGCAGAACCAGAGAGGUGAAUGAAACAACAGAUGCUGUGACUAAGAGAAGUGCCUUGUUGACAGAAAAAGGGAUCAAGCUGGUCCAGGAGGGCCAGUAUUCUCAGGCAGUCAGUAUGUUUACAGAAGCCAUCAGAUACAACCCAAAGGAUUACAGGUUCUUUGGGAACCGGUCGUACUGUUAUAGCUGUUUGGAGCAGUACCCACAGGCCCUGUCUGAUGCUGAGCAGUCCAUCCAGCUGGCAGCUGCCUGGCCUAAAGGACACUUCCGCAAGGGCAGCGCACUCAUUGGCAUGAAGAGGUACAGUGAGGCGGAGAAAGCCAUGGAACAGGUGCUGAAGCUGGAUGAAGACUGUGAGGAGGCCGUCAUUGAUCUCUUCAACUGCAAAGUCUUACAGCUUAUGGAUCUUGGUUUUGAGGAGAUGCAGAGUGUGUUGCUGCUGGAGAGAUUCACCACUGUACAGGCUGUACUGGCUUCACCUGAGGCUUCUAGGGUGGUGAGCCAGGACUCCUCAUUGGGCCUGCCAGGGUCCUUGUGUGCGUCUCUCUGGGUUGGAAACGUGACCACUGAGAUUGCUGAGAAACACCUGUUGGACCUCUUUCAAACCUAUGGGGAGAUAGACAGCAUACGAGUUAUCCACGAGCGGUUCUGUGCCUUUGUCAACUUCAAGAACGCCAACAUGGCAUCGCGGGCCAUGGAGAAACUCAACGGCUACUGUAUAGAGAACACAAGGUUGGUGGUUCGCUACCCAGACCGUAACACCCAGAGGGUUCUGCCAAUCCCCCUCAAGAGUAGCCCCUCCGCAUCGCAACAGGCAGCUGCUGCUACUUGUCCCAGACGUCGUGGCCCAGUGAACGGAGAUGAGUGUUACUUCUGGAGGACCACUGGCUGCCAUUUUGGGGACAAGUGUCGCUACAAACACAUUUCCGAACAGAGGGGCAAAGACAGGAAGCCCUGGCAGCCCUGAGCACAGUUUCCAUCCCACCUCUGGGCUUUUAUAGAAACUGGAACCCCAUUACGAACACUGACUGAGCCGAAGGACUAUUAUAUUGGGCCAUGUUCUCCCCCCAAGGACAGCAGGAGAACUGUUGUUAUGGAGAACAAUGUUAAGACUAAUAAAAUGGUGGACACCAUAAUUGAGUGGACACCAUCAUUAAUCUAAGAGCAUAUUAUGACUAAUAAUGCACCAAUUAACAGCCGUCCCCCUUGACCACAGCUCGGCGUUUAGGCUCAUCAUGGGAACCAACCUCAAAAGCUUGAAGCCUUAAAACCUUACCAGCCUUAAAGUUAGCAUCAGUUAGCCUUACAGCUAGCAUCCGUUAGCCUAGCCAGUCAUGGCUUCUCUGAGUCUAGUUCAAGGCUUAGAUGAAGAAUGGUGUCAUACAUUGUCAAGAUUCUCUAGGAGAAGGGCUCCUUUCUCUGCUUUGGUGAAGGUAACCAACUGAACAAUUUUCUAUGACCUCUCUGUCCUAUCAUUUAUCUGAUUUGAGUCUUGCUCCUGGGAAAGUGAAAAUGGGUGCUGUUUCUCUAGUAAGGGCAAGCUGCAGUCUCGGUCCCUUCAGCGCUGGCUAUGCUAUGCUAAUCUACAGCCACUACUGUCUGGGGUUUGUGGCCUGUGCUGUCCUUGUCCUCCUUCUCUCAUUUCCCAACUACAUCUCUCUUCCCGUGCCAAUACCGCCAGAACGGACCAGGCCCUCCACACCAAAGGAGGCCCAGAAGCCAUGCAGCAGAUUCACCCUGACGUUUCAGUUCCUCCCUAAAAGAAUGGUGCCUCCCUUCCACUCUGACUUGGUGCUUAGUAACCUUCCUCAUAAUAGUAUAAUGUUCAUUAGGCACCAAAUGUGAGAAAACAAACACAGGGAGGGACUACCUGGAUUUCUCCAAAAAGAAAUGUUCCAUUUCCAAACAUUUUCCUUGGCAUGCCCUAAUGAACAUGACCCAGUGUUUGAUCUACACUGGGCUAGGGAUCUGUGCUAUUGGCCUUAGCUGUGUGGUCCAUUGCAAUGUGCUUUCGCCCAUAGGGAAGAUCUAAAGAGAGGGUGGGGAAGAGAGCAGUACCACCAAAUUCCAUAGAAGGUAACUUGUUCUUCAGUGUAUUAAUGCAUGUUUCUAUUUUUCUUUUUACCACUGUACCCGAUGGCAAACCACUUAAAUGCACACUCUGAAUCUGUUGGGUGAUUUUUGACGAUGAGAAUUGACACCUACUUUUCUAUGCGUUUGUCAAGGUUUGAGUAAUUGUAGUUAUUUAGUAAGCUAGUUUUUAAAACAUCUGGGAAAUAAGCCUCUUGUUUUUAGAAUGAACCAAAUAGAUUUUUCUUGCUGUUUCCAUCUACCAUCUAUUCUCUAGACCAAGCACCCUCUUUGUCCUAUGAAGGGACAGAAUCACUGAAUUUACACUGUAUUCGGAGGGUAUUCAGACCCCUUGACUUUUUCCACAUUUUGUUACGUUACAGCUUUAUUCUUAAAUUGAUUAGAUUGAGUGAAAAAAAACAAUCUACACACAAUACCGCAUAAUGACAAAGUGAAAACAGGUUUUUAGAAUUUUUUUGAAACCGAUAUCUUAUUUCCAUUAGUAUUCACAAGGGGAGGUUCUGCUUUUCUGUGGUUGCCUUGUUUCCAGCCUCGUAGAGAUUGGUGAAAGCAAACAGAACUUCAUAUUGGGGAAAAAGUCACAUGAGAAACCACGAGAACAUUACCUUUUAAACGACUCCAAGAAGUGUAUUUGUUUUUUUGUUUAGUGACCCCAAGAACACAGUAUUCACUCAUUUGGGGCAAUGCAUGUUUAAUAAUUUUGAUAGAAAGUAACAAUUUAAGUAUUUCUGUCCAUUUCUCGAGCCCCUAUUUCAGGAGAAAGUGUUUACUUUAUGAUAUACGCCCCAAAAUCGGUAUACGCACCAAACUGUUUAACUCAAGCACUGUAAUCUGUUUAUGCUAAAUCUACCAAAUAUUGUGUGUUAAACUAUUCUGCACUGCCAAAGAGUCCUUUGUAAGUCAUACAUUUAUUUGAAUCA